AGCUCAUGAUGCGAUGAUUUACUACUCGCCCCUGUCGUAGGGCUGUGAAUGAAGCCCUGCAUUUCUUCAACCGAUCACCCUGAAGCAGGACCUGCAAGAGACGGGUCUAGGAAGGCUUCCAAUUGAAGCAGUACAGACCCAUCGAGAGCCAGAUAGAACUAUCACCUGGCCAAGAGCCAUGCCGAAGCCUAGCGGUAUUGAAGGCUUCAGGCCUCUCUCGGAUUCCAUCUCUGUAUAUCGACCAGAAGGAGCCACUGCACCAGGAAGAACACCAACCCUGAUUGUCAUCUGCUCUUGGAUGGCCGCGGCACCGAAGCACAUUGCCAAAUACACUGCGGGAUAUCAGAAGCUCUUUCCGUUCGCUACCAUUCUCUUGAUUCAAUCUUCGAUGAUUGACAUGACAGCUUCAGAUGCCAAGAUGGUGAAGCGUCUGGAAAUGGCAAGGCAUGUUAUCGAGUUCGACGCCUUUGACGCCGACGGCGACAAGUCAGGUAUCAUCCACCUACAUGCAUUUAGCAACGGUGGCGGCACCGUAGCUACACAUCUUGCUUUGAGCUUGUGGAACAGUCGAGAUCGGAAGCCAACUAGAAUCUGGAACAAAGUUGUCUUCGAAUGCCUACCUGGACGACCCCGUGCUGAGCAAGCCGUUACAGCCAUAUCUUACUCUCUUCCUUCGAAUUGGCUGGUUCGAAUUGUUGGUCGUUUUCUUAUUCGUGUUUACAUAUACUCUGGACUAUUCCUGUGUUGGCUGCUACGACGAGAAGAUAUGCUCACACGAGAGCGAAGACGACUCAACGCAAUACCGUCCAACACGUCAGGUCCAGUGCCGAGACUGUACAUGUAUUCAAAGGCAGAUCCCAUUGUCAGCGCCAUCGACUGUCACGAUCAUGCCGUUGAAGCUCGAAAAAUAGGAUUCAAGGAAGUCCAUGAAGAGGUGUUCGAGAAGGCACCACAUUGCGGACUUCCACGAGAAGAUCCAGAGCGAUAUUGGGGUAUCAUUUCUGAUUGGAUGGCCAAUGCAGCACAAUGAUGGUCUACAUUGACAUGAUUAAUGCUUGCAGGUAUACCCCAUCGCCUCUCUUCUCCUCUGCGCUCGACUCAUUGGUCCCCGUGGCAGCAAAUGAGCACCACUCAAAUCUUCUUCAACAAUCAUCUCGCCAUGCACAGCCCUCUUGCUCACGCUCUGCUUAGCAGCGAUAUCAUCCAGCCACUUCGCCAGUCGAUACCCCGCCUUCGCAACCUGGAGUUCAAUGGUAUCAAUCACGCCAUUGUAGUAUUCCGGAUACAAGUCAUUGGAGUUCUCCAGAGCAUAAGCACCAUUAGGCAUGACUUUCGAGCAUACAAAUGUAUUGGCGUCAGUGGCCCAUUUCAUCGCUGUGCCUUUCGGAUCCGAAACGUCGAGACCUAAGAUCCAGGACGACUUCUGAGAAGAGUACGUUCCGGAGUCGAUUGCUGAGAUCAGAUCAUUGGCCCAGUCUGAGGCGUCCGACAGAGAGUAACCUCCACGAAGUUGUUCCGGCAUGUUGGUAUCCCAUAUAUGAUGGAGGUUCUGUAAUAUUGUCAGCUCAAGCACGAAUGAGAAACCGAACCGGAGCUUACGGUAUCUGUACCAUUGAAUGUCACAUCAACAUC